AAACUGACUUUAAUCGUCACAAAGACAAAAAAAAUAACCACUUAAACACACGUUUUGUUACGAAAUUCUGAUUUUAAUCAAUUGAGGUUAAGUCACUUUUUUUGUUUAUGGACUGAAUUUACAGGUGUUUGUUAUUAUUUCUUCUAAAAUUUGGAUCACAUAUAGAGCCAAGAUUUGCGUUUAAAGUUAUAGACAAGAUUCUAGAAGAGAAGACGCGUAUUUUUGUUGUUUCAACCCGUUUAGUUACAAAGCGAAAUAAUUGCAUUUUUUCUCAAAAUUUCAUGUAAUUGUUUGAAAAUAACCUUGGAACUGUCUUUUGCUUAUGCAUCCAAGUAUGUUUACUACUUUUCUAUCACAGACAAGUCGAAAAUUUUGCCCCAACAUUGUCGGUUCAUUAAACUCUCUAAUAAAAAGUCAAGCCAAACCAUUCGUGGUUUCGUGCAUUUAACAAAUUUCAUUUCGUGUGUGCAGAAUCGCAGUUUGUAACAAUGACCGACAACCAUGAAGUUCCCAACCCUAAAGAUUUCCUCGCCCAAAUGGGCCCCAUCGAGACCCUUCUGGGUUCAUUAUCCUACAACGACAUCGACAAUGUCGACGGUAAAACCCAACAAUUACGCACCAGCGCUCGCGUUUUCAAAAAAAUGAAAUUUGACCUAUCAUCCGUUGAGAAAAAAGUAGAAAAGAAAGAAGAAGUGAAACCGGAAGAAAAGCAAGAAGUUAAAAAGCCAGCCAAUCCGUUCUGGACGAGCGAAGAGAAAACCAUGUUUUUUGAAGGGUUGAAUGAAUACGGCAAGGACUUUGAAAGCAUACACGGGUAUAUUAGUACCAGGAUGAAGAAAAAAGGGCUUCCUGAGGACCUCAUCAAGAAUAAGCUUCAAGUCAGGCAUUUUUAUUAUAAAACGUUUCACAUGCUGUUGGGGCCGUUGAAAUUUAACGAUAAAAUCCCAAAAAACGUGCAAGAGUUGUACACUUUGAUUAAUUAUGGCGAAAUGAGAAGAAAACUCGGGAGUGUCUCGAAAAAAAAUUGUUCGAAAUUGAACGAUUUAAUUGCAAACGGUUCUGUUCCUUUGAGACUUAAGGGUAAGACUGUCAGGGUUAAAACUCCAAUGUGUAGGGCGUUGAGACGUUUGAACCAAUUAGAUGAAAAAUAUGAUGAUCUUAAAUUACCAACAAGAGUUUUGGUCGAGCUCAGACCAAAAAACAUGGUUUCGUUUCUCAAAGUCCAAAGUAUUGCCCAAAAUCCGCGAAUCAAGGUCGCACUCUCACUCCAAAAGCGUUUGAGCUCACUUAUCACUUGUAUAAAUACUCGUUGGAAAAGCUCCGAGGCUAUUGUUUACGACAAAGCUGUGAUUUCGACAAACCCGGUUACAAAAAAUUGCGUUCCUGAUUCGAAAACAAUUGAUGAUAGUACGUUAUUGUUGAAUCCACUCUUAAGACUGUCUCCUCCACCGGAGGCUCAUGUCGAGUUGCCUUCAAUAGAUAUCAGUGAAUAUUUCACGGGUCAGAGCAUAUCACUUAAUGCAUUUGAAUUGAGGAAAGGAGUUAAAAAAGAGGAGCCCGAAGUGCCCCCCAAGACUGAAAAAUUGCCGAACAAACCUGAAGACGAAGAAAUCCCUAAAUCGGUCACUACCGUCGUAGAUGAGGCAGUCAAUACAAUCCUUUCGCUACAAGUUCAGAAUAAAACUGACACAAAAAGUGCUACCAGUACAAAUCCUAAAGAUAUUCCAAAUGAGGAGAUAAUGUCGAGGAUCGAGCAGAUCAAGCAAGGUUGGACUUUGGAGAAUUGUGCCAGUUUGACCAUUGGCGAAAUCUACUUAAUGUACGGGUGUGACUCAAAAAUGGUCCUCGAGUACAGUUGGGACUCUCUUAUAAAGUCACCAACAGAUGAUGAAAAUAAACAAGCAAACGACUUGAGAAAUUCGCUCAAAAAACUAAUGUCCUUAGCACAACUGCAAAGCGAAAAACCUGUGAUGAAAUGCACCUGCGGUCACGUUUGUGGCAAACCCAACACGCAACAAUUUAAAAAACCGGUGACCAACAAAGUUGUGAAAAAAAAUCACGUGAGCCAUGAGACAAAUCAUAUUCAAGAGAAAGUAGAGGUACCUGAAUUACCAAAACCGACACCUGAACCGAAAAAAGUGCAGGCAGAGGAACCGUUCCACGAUACGAGCUGCUCAGUUGUUCAUUUGUUCAGCCAACGUGAUAAGUUCCGAGUGAAGGGUCGAACCCGCUUCAAAAAUUUGGUUGUCGAACGUAAAUUAGUUCCUAAUAAAUCUGAGAAUAAGCAUGAAAUUGUGUCUAUGGAUAUAGUAUCUCAGGAGAGCAAACCUGACGAUAUGCCACUUGUUAAUUCUAGUGGGCUUCCGUCGAUUUUGUUGGGUGAUAAUGCCACGUGUAGCAGCGGGAAGAAUUUCAGCGGUCUCUUGAGUGAUAAUCAAUCAAAUUCGGGCAUGUCGACCGGAUUGUCAAAAAUUUUGAAGGAGAAUGAGAAUCAAUGGAUAAAUGCGGACGUUGCCGAUUAUUCGCUUAGCAGUCUUUUGGGUCACUUGGACUGUCCGUCUAAAACGAACCAAUCUAUGCUCAGUCUUUCACACAACGACACGCAAUUGUCCCAAGAUGUCGAUGCUCAACUUCGGAAUUUACUGAUUGAAACGAGUGUCGACUACACAGCCAAAUUUGCAGAUCUAGCAGCCCAAGUUGUGGAAAAUAAAAAGUAAAACAGAUCAAUUGGCACAAACUUAAUAUUUGUACUUUUAUUAUUAUUAAUUUAUGUAUAGCGAAAAAAAUUUUAUUGUGAAAAAUUUAUAUUUCCUAAGGUUGUAAAUUUGCAAUAAUUUUAACAUUUAUGAGAUUGUAUGUAUAAUACUGACAUAAUAAAAACUCUUUA